UCAAACAUGGCUGUUCAGUCGCUGUUUACGCCUCUGGCAUACGGUUCGUGAGCAGCUCCAGGUACUCCAACACAGUAAAUUCAAUUCAAAGUUGAUAUUAAAUUGGAGUGAAAAAAAAGGGAUUUGGGUAAUUUAAAUUGUUAGGCAAAAAGGUGUGUGAGGGGUGGGAUUAUGAGUACGUGUGGCGUAACGACGUUACGAACAUUUAACGGUGACAGUAAUAUGGAAGUUAUUGGGAUUCAUGGACAUCAGGAGAAUGGUCCUGGUGAAAUUAAUCAAGUACGUGAGGCGAAGGGCGUUGAGACGAACCCGACGCCGCAGGCACCAAUGGAGGUGGCGAGUGAGGCGCACUCUGGGGGAGACGGCGGCGAGUGCAAAGACAGGCUGGCAAACGCCAAGGGACGAAAGGACAAUGGAAAAGGUAAAAAAUCAAAUUGCGGUAAACUGAAGAAUGCCACUGGUGAGCAGGAGGCGCCGCCCUCCGAGGAAAAUCCCGACGUGUCCUGUAAGAAGCGCAAGACCCGCCGAGGUAAACCAAAGCACAGAAAGUUGAAGCCCUACACGAAGCAGCCGGCGUUCGAGCGCCAGCGUCGUCGCUCAAUGGGUCGACAGAUGAAGAAAUCAGCGCAGCCCCCAGCCCCCUACAACACGACGCAAUUUCUGAUGGAGGACCACAGCGAUCUGCCGGACCUCGAGGAGAAGUUGGCGAAGACCUCGACGAAUCCAGAGGUGGCGGUGCCCUUCCAGAAGCCCGGGGGUCCCCCGAGGACGAGGGACUCGAGUUUCAGCAUCGACUCUGAUGAGGAUUACUUCUACUCGUCACCUGAGGACGAGGAGGAAUUCCUCACAAAGGAAUUUUCCAGCGCCUACGAGGAUCUGCACGCUGAGAGACUGAGUGCCUUGUCGAAGUCUGAGUUAAUCGAGGAAUAUGUCCAGCUGGAGGCGAAGCUCGAUCUGCUGACGAAGCGAUUGAGAUCGAAGAAUCUUCAGACUGAUGAGGUCGAUGGGAGGAGCGAUGGGGAGAUGGCCAAGAAGGUCAAGCUUUAUCAGCAGAGAAUUGAUGAUUUGGUGCAGCAGAAUGAACAGCUCAGGCGUGAGAAUGAGAGCCUCAGGGGCAAGGGGGGCAGUUCGGAGUCCAGUGUUGACAGUGAGAGCGAUAGUGACAGCAGCAGCAGCUCUGGACACAGUGGGUGCAGCUGCGUUGGGGGGAAUGCAUCACCUGGGGGCAGGAGGCGUAAUGGCGAGGCCAGGGUCAAUGGGAGAGGAACGACUGAUGACAGCAGGGAGAGGAGUCGUUCUGAGAGGGCCAAUGGCAGCGCUACCAGUCAAGAAAUUGAGGGACUUCCCACUUAGGGGGCAGCGGGAAGGGGGUCUGAGGGACACUCGCUCGUCUGCUAACAUGUGUGAUCCAAAAUAUAUUGACCAAAAAUCGGGGGGAGGAGAGGCGGCUGGAAAUUUGGGGGUG